AUGACGGUCCUUUUGCUUGUUCCACUUGUGGCAGCACUCGUGAUUGCUAGCUUUUCCGACGUUGAGAAAUCCCGCAUCAUAGAAGGUAUCAAGAACCUUACUCUAGGAAAAAAUGCUAACAAGACUAAACGACUUUUAGAUCGCAUCACACAGGACUUCGACAAUAUGCCCCUUCUCCAAAAAUACUUGAACGAAUCCGAAGAACCGUUGAAUACGAACAUGACUUUGAGUGAAGAACAGGACAAGCUUCUAGCAAGACUGAAGAUCAACAAGACGAAGUUAAUUGCGAAUAUUAGUGGUAGUCGUUCCAAGCGGCAAGCUUACAACGAUAAAACCUACCCUGGCAUGAGAUGGCCAAAUGGCGUAUCCUAUUCGUUGGACGGUAGCUUAGAACCGAAGGCAAAAGCGGUGUUCAAGAAAGCAGCAGAAUUAUGGAUGGAAAACACGUGCAUUGACUUCAAGGAAGACUCAAAUGAAACAGCUGAGGACCUCCUUCUUGUAUUCAAGGAACACGGAUGUUGGGCAGAAGUUGGCAGACAGGGAGGAUGGCAAUUGCUUUCACUCGGCGACAGCAAGUGUGAAAAG